AUGUCCGCCUCGUCUACAGCAGCGUCCGCUGCUUCCACAUCACAGCAGCAGCAGGUCCAGAUCAACCCUCGCGGCAUCCCCCACGCCCCCUUUAUCACAAAUGUCCAGGAACACCUCGGCGGGCCAGAUGAGGACGUCGAGCCCACCCUGCGCAAGUUCCAGGAGACCAUGUCCAAAUACAAGUUCAUGGAGAUGAACACGGCACAGAGGAGGGGCGGCCUCGAAGACAAGAUCCCCGACAUCAGGAAAACCCUCCAGAUGGUCGAGUUCCUCAAGCAGAGCAGGGACAACCCCGACCCGAUCAAGACGACCUUUGAGCUCAACGAGACCCUCUACGCAAAAGCAGAACUCGAACAGACCGACAAGGUCCACCUCUGGCUCGGAGCCAAUGUCAUGCUCUCCUACCCGCUCGACGAGGCCAUCGAGCUCCUCACCACCAAGCUCAAGAGCGCAGAGACGAGCCUCGUGGCCGCAAAAGAGGACCUCGACUUCCUGCGCGAGCAAAUCACCAUCAUGGAGGUCAACACGGCCCGCGUCCACAACUGGGACGUCAAGCGACGAAGGGAGCGGCGCGAGCAGCUCGAGCAGCAAGGCAUCAGCGGCAGCGGUGCCGCGGCAAAGGCCUCGUGA